AUGAUACACAAAAAGGGGUCUAUCGACAAUCCUUCUAACUACAGAGGAAUUGCUCUAAUGUCUUGCGUAGAAAAAAUAUUCACACAAGUAUUACUCAACAGACUUAAUGAGUGGACAGAUAAUAACAACAUUAUUCCUGAAAUUCAAUCUGGAUUUCGAAAACAUCGAAGCUGCACUGACAAUGUAUUUGUUCUUAACUCGAUCAUACAGUCACGAUUAAGGUUAAAAAAACGCAAAGUAUUCGUUGCAUUUGUGGACUACAAUAGGGCUUUCGAUUCUGUUAGCCACAACUUGUUAUGGCAAAAACUGUACAAUAUAGGGGUUAGUGGUCGCAUAAUUUUACUUUUAAGAAAUAUAUACAAUGAAGCAUCAAUGCAAGUAGCUGCGUCAGAUGGAUUCACCUCUCAACUUGAUAUAAGUGCCGGAGUUCUACAGGGUGAAUAA